AUGUCGCAACCACCACAGCGCCCUCGGCACCGCCCCACCACCAUCCCCAACACCUCCUCCUUCUUCCCUCGCCGCGAGAUCGCCCGAAACUUCCCAGCAAAGGACAUGGACAAAACCCCCAAGUCGCUCAAAACCUCGCUCCGCUUCCAACUCGCCUUCGUCUCCAUCGGCCGCAAACUCCAAGCCUCCCCCAUCCCCUCCCUCUGGCCCACUCGCCUGCGCAUCCCAGAGCACCCUCCCGUCGUGCGCAAGGGCACAGCAGCCGCGCUAGACCACCCGGGCCUCUUGUUACCGAGCAGACGAGCAGUGAGAGAUACCCGCGCCAUCCCCGUCGAUACCUUAGCCAUCGAGGCUCUAGACGACUUCACGCCCAACCUCUGCCUCGACAUCCGCGUCCCCGUGCAUAAGCUAGCAGCCGCGUUGAUCUCGCACGUCGAAUCCCAGGCCCUGCUACCAGGCUGGUCCGGCCAAAUCGUCGCCGUCGCGUGCAUGGUCUUCGCCUACCACGCCCUUCUCCACGUCCACAACUCGCCCGCCGACGGCAAGACCUUCGCGUUCCUCGCCGCCUUCGGCAUCGAGCGCGACGCCGCGCGGUCGGGGUAUAACGCCCUCUGGCUCUUUCGCGAGGAGCUAAGAGACGUUGUUCAGUUUGGCGGGGGGAGGGUGGAGGGAUUGCGGUUGCCGAGGAAUAGGAUGGGGGGGACGAGUGUUUUGGUUAGGAGGGAGAAGAUGGGGUUACCGUAUGAUUUGAGCCAUUAUCAAGCGCAGGGGAGGGAGAGGAGGAAGGAAGUUGGAAGGAGUCCGUUGAGGCAGGCUGAAGGGUGUGGAGAUGAGGAGGAAGGUGAGGACGAGGAUGCAGUUGAGAUGGAGGAGCUAAGGGAGCUGGUGGGGCUGUUUUGGGCGAUGAAGGCGAGGGUGGAGCCGAGCGAGGUGCCGUUGCCCGAGUCUCCUGAUGGAAAAUAG